CCUUUUCGCUUAACCUGGUGUCGCUCUCCUCCGAUUCCUGGAAUCGAUUUAGGGUUUACAGAGAUCUUUUAGAGAGAGAUAGAGAGAUAGAGAGAUAUAGAGAGGGAGUCAUGUCGAUUUCUGAUAGAGAGUUUGAGGAAGCUGGGAAAAAGCUUCUUGACCCACCUUCUUCCGUUGAUCAGAUUCUUUCUAUUCUCAACAAAGUUGUACAAAGCAUCUCAAAUGUCGAACAGUCACCUCCUCACUCAACGAUGAGGGCACUAAGUCCAUUGAUAGAAGCAUUGGUUGCUCCAAAACUCUUGAGACUUUCGGAUGUUGAUGUGAGAGUCGCAGUCACUGCUUGCAUCACCCAGAUAACGAGAAUAACUGCUCCAGAUAUUACCUAUGAUGAUGACCAGAUGAAAGUAAGGUUUUUUUAUCUUAAGGAAAAAUGAGCAUUGGUCAAUGGUCACUGACUGUCUUCAGUGAUUAGAGCGCAUGAAGAAUUCCAGUUAAUUGUAUCAUCGUUUCAACAUCUAUCUGACAUAUAUAGCCCCUCCUAUACCACGAGGAUACUGAUCCUUGAAACUGUGUCUGAGCUCAAGUUAUGCAGUGUGAUGUUGGAUCUUGAAUGUGAUGCGCUUCUUCUUGAGAUGUUCCAACAUUUCCUCAAGGGUAUAAGUGAUAACACCUGAUUUUGACCAUUUUUAUGGAUCACUUUCAAUAUAUUAUGCAGGUGUUUUCACUCAGUUUUAAAGAUUUUAUAAGUUUUUUCCAUGUUUCGGAGUUUUAAAAGACUUUUCAGGAAACUUGGAGUUUUGGAGUGCAUUUUGGAGCAAAAGUACACUUUUGGAUAAAUUCAGGCCGUGAGAAGUUUGGCAACCAAAGAAGACCUUCUCACCGUCUGAUCAUCUCCAAGUUUGGAGACAUUAUAAAGGAGACAACCAGCUUUCCAACACACUUAGAAUCAAUGCAAUCCAACGGUUAGAUCUCCAGAUACCAUCAAUACACUGAAGGCCAAUCGACACAGUUCAGUCAAGAACAGAAGCUCUCACCCGCGACAAAGCUUCUACCCACCGCGGCUCAGCCUCCCUCACCCGCGGUGGAGCUUGUUCCAAACCUCAGAAGCCCAACUAAGGCCCAAGACACUUCCUGCACUCAUUUUACAAGUCCUAGACGCCCAGACUUGAAGAAACACUAUAAAUACUUAUUUUGAGGUCUUUUGUAAGAGAGCCUCUUUCAUCUUUAUGAGAGAGAACUUCAUUGUAGUUUUAAGUUUUACUUUUAUGCAUCUGUAGAAGCUUUUUAU